AUGGGCCGCGACAGUCGUGGGGAUCGCUACGCUCGACGCGUCGAUGCCGAAACCGAUCGGCAUGGCGCUGUUGAUGGAAGCAGUAACGCCUCCAAGAAAUCUACGCGCUACGGGCGGUACGCGGGAAAACGGCGUUCACGUUCCCCGCGGAGUGGGCGCCGUGGUGGCAGCGAGGACCGAGACAGUGAUCGAUACCGCAGCAGACGGCAUUCCGAGAGCGAUGAACAGCGACGACGUCGACAUGGAACGGGCAGAGGUCGGUCAGGUAGCAAAGAAGGAGCUAAGAAAGGAGGGGGACGCCGACGCUCACGAUCACGGGGGUCAUCAUCAUCCUCUAGCACGUCACGAAGAGUGGAUGGUGGCCGGCAAAAAUUUGAGGCGGUGGACGUACGAGAGCUGCUGCAGCCUGAAGUGCAGACACCUGCCGGUGGCAUGACAUCGUCAUUGCCUGGCGAAAUGAUCUUGGCCCUCAUUCAACAACAACAACAACAGCAGCAGCAGCAGCGGAUUCCAGUAAUUUUUCAGCAACAGGACGAGAAGGAAAAUAUGAGAGACGCCGUUCUUCCAUCACCAGAUGCGCCGGUUGCAACAGUCGCAUUACCUCCUCCGGCUAAAAAUGACGGAGCCAACGAAUCCCAGCAACUACAAGAACAACAAGAACAAGAACAAGAGCGGAGAGGAGCAGAAGAGGCAAACGAGGAGAACGCUUCCAAGCCAGCGGGUCCAUCCAGAGUUCUGCCUUCCGUAGCCGACUUUGUUCCGGUUAUUCCAAAGAGCUUGUUGAGUCUUCUUAGUGCUCCAGGGAGCAGCAAUAAUGAUGGUAGUGGUGGGAACGGUGGGUUGCCGGGUACAAGUGCCAGUGGCGAGACCGAGGAAGGACAACAGGGAGCACUGGCAACGACAACGGGGGCGUUAGCUGUUCUUCAGGCACCGAAACUUUCACCAGAGGCGGAGCGACGUGCCCGAGAGGCGCGUCGUGCGCACAUCUCCUCUUUUCCUCAACGUACCACCCGGCAAGAACUGUUGGAUUACUUUACCACCAUUAUUCCGAUGGUGCGUCGUGUGAAGGUGCAACGAGAGAUGGAUGAGUUUACGGAAAAGUUGCGUGAAGAAGGAGGCCCGGGGGCGGAUAUUGAGCGUCGGGAAAUUCCACCGAAUGCCAUUGUGGAUGUUGACCGCGUAAUUGACAUUGCGGUCAACAGUGCCAAGUCGAAGCCAUUUGCCUUUCUUGAAGUCAAUCUGGCAGACCUUGUGACGGAAUUGGUGGAGGAGUCCCAGCGUGAUCCGGAACGUUUUACUUUCAUUUCUGCUGAUGGACGGUCGUACCCAAUCACAAUCCGUCGGCCACGAGAUUACCAGGUUUUGGCUGGAGUGGACAGACGCAAGGUUGUUAUGCUUGGCUUUCCAUUGACACUUUCAGCAGCAAAGUUGCGACUGGUCUUUGAGCAGUAUGGACCCCUUCUUGCCUUUGAUGUGAAGGCUGGAAUGGCGUACGGAGAAUUUGAAAAGGAGUCGGAUGCCGUUGAUUUUGUUUCUGAACUUCAUGGCGAAACGCUUGGAAACAAUGUGGUGGUGUUGAUGCCUUUAUACGACUGGUUAAAGGUGGUGUGCACACAUGCCGAAAUUGACGUUGCGCUUGAUCCAGAUGACCCUGUCUCGGGUGCAUCCCUGCUGGCCAAAGAUGGUCAGAUAGCCGGCUCACUUGUGCCUGUUCUCGCCGAUGACGUUGCAAAGGCUGAAGAACCGGUGAACCACAUGAAAGAACUGGUGGAGUUUGCGGUGCGGUUGCCGGAUGUUGUGUUACACUUUGCCAAGACAUUUCCCCACCUCUCAACGUUGUACGGCAGCACGGUGCCCAUUUACCCCACUCGGGUUUUAGUGUUGCUGAAUUUGUUUGAUGAGGAGGAGCUUGUGCUGGACGAAACGUAUGAGCGGCUUGUGGAUGAAAUUACUUGCGAGGUGGAGAAGUACGGUCGUGUUAAGACGCUCAUCGUCCCCCGCCGUGCCCCACCACCGAUGCCGCCUAAACCGCCGAAGAAUUACUUUGCGUCCCGAAUAAACACAACUAAGAAGAGUGGUGAUAAUCUCAAGAAUAGUGGUGGCCAUAACCGACAGCACCACGUCAAUCAAAGCAUGGGCGGCGUUUCAUCGCCUGACGGAGAAAAUGAAGACUGCUAUAAAAUGGAGAAGGAUGACGUUGAUGAGGAGGCGAAGUACGAACAGGCCAAGGCGGAGUACCUUAGAGCACGCGAAGAGUACACAGAAAGACUUAUGCAUCCAAUUCACGGUGGUUUUGGUCGUGUGUUUGUGGAGUACGAGUCUGUUGAUGAGGCGGCAGAGGCACAACGUGCAAUUGCUGGUCGUUUGUUUGGGGGUCGAACCGUCGUGACAUCGUUUAUGUUUGAGGAUGUGUUGAACCCACCUACCGCCGAGGAAGUGGAGGCGGAAGCAGAAAAGAAGGUUCAGCUGUAUCUGGAGUCCAUUGGCGCCUGCGGUGACGAGGAAAAAGAGGAAGUGCAGGCAGAGUAG